AUGUCUUCCUGCACGGCGAGGACACUCCAGAUCAAGAAUCCUUACUCAUUACUUACUCCUUCUAGCACCAUACCAUCGAAUGACAACAACGAGGAGAAUGAGAGCGAUGUGACUCCGGUGGUGUCGCCCAUGACGCCCUCGGACGCGAGCCAACGCCGGCCCUCCACUUCGGCCCAGUCGCGAGCCGUAGAGGCUUCUCCCAGGAUGUCAGCGAAGCCCAAGGCGCAGGCUUUCAAUGUCUGGCGUUCGCCCGAGAAAAAGAGUCAACCGAAGACUGCCGCUGAGAAGCAGUAUCGUCUGGAUACCGAGCAGUAUCCUGAUCUGGGAAAGCGCAUGAAGCGUUCUAAAGGUGCUCCACCUCCUCCGGUCGUUGCCUCGGAGCCAGAUGCCGGGCCAUCUACAUCGCAGAAUGCUGGACGCUUGCGAGGACGUCGCGGCCGGAUUAUUGAUCCUCCAGUGCUGGGCAACUUUUUGCCAGAAUCUGUUCUUCCACCAGACGAGAACUCCGCCAGCAGCAGCAAUGCCGCCGAGCGACAAGCGGCAGGCUCAUCACCUGUCCCAAAAGUCGUUCUGGCCAGACCAAAAGUGCAGCAGCAGCAGUCUGAGAAGACUCCUACUAUCGCUCCCAACUCUCCAAGACGCAAAUUGCCGAUUCCGAGGGCCAAAGAGGAGUCACGGGAGGUCGCAGUUCAGGGACGCGAUGGUGGCGGUGAUGUGGAGCCAGAAAACGCCGAGAUUCCGCCCUCUCAGGACGACGAGGAUCAGGGAUUCAUCAUAGCCAGGUCGCGCAAGAGGCGCGGAGGUAUAGGUCGGGUGCCACGUUGGGCGACGAUGAGCCAGGAGUUUGCGCAAAAGUCGCCGGAAAUCCAGUCGGCCAGCUCCAACUCUGGGCGAAAGCAGCAGCCGCAGGUGCAGGCGCUACCGCGUUCUCCCCCCCAACAGCAGCAGCAGAGGCAGCUUAGGUCCAGGCCACAGGCUCCGCCACAAAGUCAGCUGCGCUCGCCGCAAUCGCCUAUGCAGGAGAGGCAGCGGCCGCAGGAGCGUCCAUCUCCUCGUCAAGCUCGCCAGCCACCACAGCGACAGCCGAGCGAGCAGCAAGGGCGGUCGCCACAGCAGAAUCGAGCUCCGCCGCAACACUCUCCACAUAAGAAUAGUCAUCAACCGCAGCAGAUGCAGAUCUUCAAGCCGACGCCUCAGCAUCAACGCACGCCGCAGCAGCAGCAGCAGCAGCAGCAUCAGGCACCUGUGCCAGUGCGGGGGCAGCCUAAGCAACCGCUUUAUGCCGCUUUGCUUCGAUCUCCGCAACUGCCUUCGGUUCCUCGCCAGAAUACGCCCACACCUCGACAGCCGUUGCUUCAAACGCCACCGCGAUCGCCUCAGCAGUCGCAGGUUCAGCUUCAGGCACAGCAGUCUCAGCAUCAAGUGCAGCAGAGGCCCUCGCAGCAACAGUUGCAGCAGCGUUCGUCUGAGCAUCAACUGCAGCCACGUCCAUCCCCGCAUCAGUUGCAGCAACAGCAGUCCCGAGAGCAACUGCAGCAAGACCAGUCUCAGGAGCAACUGCAUCAGCGGCAGUCUCUAGAGCAAUUGCAGAAUCGGUCAUCCACUUACUCGCUCCAGCAACGUCCAUCGCCUUACGACCUGCAGCAGGUGUAUUCUCAGUCCCAGCAGUCGCUCCAGCGACGUCCAUCGCCUUACGACCUGCAGCAGAUAUACUCUCAGCCCCGGCCGUCACUCCAGCAGCGGCAGUCGCAGACUCAGAUGCACCCCCAGCAGUCGCAGCAUCAACUGCAGCAACGGCAGUCCUAUCCCAAUCUGCACCAGCAGCAGUCGGUGCCUUCGAUCAGCAACAGUCUCCAUCAAUCGCAGUCUCAGCAGCAGCUGCCAGAUCAAUCGCAAUCUCAAUCGCAAUCGCAAUCUCAACUGCAAUCUCAACCGGAACAUCCCUACACCCAAGUGCUUGGCUACACGCCUCUGCCACGUCUAACGCAGUCGCAGCACCAGCUGCCUCAGUACUCGCAGGCACCGCUGCGGCAAACGCAGUCGCAUAACCAACUGCAUCCACAAUCGGAUCAGGCGCUCCGCGAGCAACAAUACCAUCAGUUGCGCCAACAGCAGCUGCAGGACGAGCUGAAGGAGCAGCAGUUGCAGCGUGAACUGCAGAAGAAGCGGCUGCAGCAGCAACAGAUGCAGGAGCAGAAGCUGCAGCGGGAGUUCCUGCAGCACCAAGCCCAGCUGCAGCAACAGCAUCAUGUGGAGCAGCAACAGACGGGGAGCGCCCCUGAGAUUGCCAGACGAAGUGCCCUGAACUCGAAUGCCCAGGAGUUCACUCCGAGGGGUCAACACAAUCAGCAGCAGCCUGAGCCCCAGGAGCAGCAGGCAGCGGAAUAUGUGCCGAGUUCCAGGAUCUCCCAACGACGUCGUCGCCAGCGGUACUUGCGAAGUCUGAAGGUGGAGUCCUUGAUGGCCUUGCAGGGACAAGGAAACAGGGCCAGCGAGGAGCAGCAAGGAACCAGCGGCAGCUCCAUCUGCUCGACAGGUGGCACUUGCUGCAAGAGCGCCAGUUGUUCCACAAGCACCGGUUGCUCAACAUGCACCAGUUGCUCCUCAAGCACCAGUUGCUCAUCGUGCGCCAGUAGUUCCGCAGGCAGAACUUCCUCCGCUGGGAGCAGUUCCUCCACAGGCACCAAUUCCUCAUCAGGCGCCACUUGCUCCUCAAGCACCAGCAGCUCCUCAAGCACUAGCUGCUCCUCAAGCACCAGCUACUUCUCAAGCACUAGCUGCUCCUCAAGCACCAACUACUCCAGCUGGCCCGGUCCAAGCCUCGCAAGAACCUACCCAAGGCGAGGAGACCAGGAUAAGACGUCCUCUGGGUCGGAUUCCGAGCAGUGCCCUGCUGCCCACGCCUUGUUCCGAUCCGAACUGCUACUAUACUGCGCCGGGGAUGCCGCCCCACUGCCAUUCGUCACGGUCGUCGAUCGUUUAUCCCGAGCCGGUGGCGCCACUCAGCCUGGCCUCGAAUCCCCCAGCCAUACACCAGCAGUACCCGAUGAUGCCGCCGUUCGCCAUCAACGUGAACACGGGACCACGGGCGCCACAGGUGAUCUACUUCCAGCCACGGUCGAGGGAUGUCUGGAGCACCAACUCGUCGUCGUCGGAACUGGAGAACCAAAUCAGAAACGCCCGCCAGUCGGAUUUUCGGCUUGCCAGCCUCCCCUGCACUGGUGUGGGCACGCAACGUACGGAUUCCUUUACCGGCUGGCGACCCCGCCACCCGAACAAUACUACCAGCAGUACCAUCAGUACCAUCAUUACCAACAGUACCAACAAUACACCGCCAUUCACCCCCAACAUCAGUAUGCCGCCCUCCACUAUUACCGGGCCGGAGCCAUCCAUGCCCCGUACGCUCAGUUCUACGGAGGAGCGGGCCGACCAGUCCGGAUGGCAGGCUACCAACCGGGACAUCAUGUUCAGCCAGCCCUUAUUGGAUAUGGACCGCGAGGAUACCCAAUUCACCGUGGGCUCCCGGCAAUGGGGAUCGGCGGGCCGCCGGGCGGAACGUUACGGGGCGUCGGAGGAGGAGGAGGAGGUGGAGGAGGUGGCGGCGGCGGUGCCGGCAUUUCGGGUUUUAUACCCGGAGGACGGCGAACCCAUCGAUCUAGACGCCGGGGAAGGCGGUCCAGGCGUCGCUAGAUAUCCGGCGCUAUUCGACAUAUUCCGAACUCCGGAAAGGAACAACUCGGUCUUUUCUAAUUAUCCUAGAGGGGAUUUCAACUGCAUCCCGAGCAGCAUCAUGAAUCUCUACCGUUUGAUUACCAAGGUCAAUUCGGACUACGCGUUCACCUACACCCUGUGCGCCCAGCUCAGCCAGGAGGGUGUCCCGAUGGACUGCUACG